UAGUUAACUACGAACAACCCAUCAACUCACCCGUCAUCGUCACACAUUACCCACGCGACAUGGCCAAUCGAGCUAGCAACGCUCUUUUGCAAUUUCAUAGCAUUAGACCAUUUAUACCCGGUUCGCCUUUCCGCCACGCACAGCCCUCCAUUUCACCCAUACACAGAAGUAUGGCAACACGCAUGGAACCCAGCAAAGUCCAGUACAGAUAUGUGGAAGAAGUUGAGCGCUUGGACUAUUAUGUUCCAGGAGGUUAUCAUCCAGUCAUGAUUGGUGAUGAACUCUGUGCGGGUCGAUAUGUUAUCGCUCAUAAACUCGGGUUCGGUCGGUCUGCCACAACCUGGCUGGCAGAGGAUAGAAGGCAAAGCCGACUCGUUGCUCUCAAGAUUUCUACUGCAGAAUCAGCUGAGCGAACCCAUGAGAUACAGAUUCUUUCACAGUUAGCUAGGGCUAAAACCAAGCUCCCUGGGAAGGCUAUUGUACAGAACCUGCUCGAUUCUUUCACAUUCUCUGGGCCAAAUGGUAGGCAUCAGUGCUUGGUCAUGGACGCUGCUAGAAUCAGUAUUCAUGAAGCGAAGGAUGCUGCAUAUCACCGACUCCUCCAUCUUCCUGCCGCCCGAGCCAUCGCAUCACAGCUGAUACUUGGUCUGCAAUUUAUCCAUUCUCAAGGCAUUGUUCAUGGAGAUCUUCACCUUGCAAAUAUUCUCCUUUGCUUGCCAUUUGAUAUGCAAGACAUGACUCUUGAGCAGCUGCAUGCUAGAACCGGUGAACCAGCAAAAGAGCAGGUUGUUCGUGAAGAUGGUGCUUCUCUUGAUCUGGGAGUUCCUUCAGAAGUCAUUGUCCCAGUUUGGCUUGGGCUUGGUAGUGAUGAGAUUUCUCUAGCAGACUCUGCAAUUAUGAUUGUAGACUUUGGAGAAGCAUUUGAUACUCAAGUGACACAGCAGUUCACUGCUCAUACACCACUCUUGCUUGCACCACCAGAAGCACACUUCGCAGAGUCUGUAGAAUCAGAUGAGCCUCUUUCUUUCCCAGGAGAUAUAUGGACGCUUGCAUGCACUAUCUGGGAUAUUUUUGGAUCCGGCCCCCCCUUUGAAGCCUUUCCUGUCACAUUGGAUGAGGUUACAAUUGAGCAUGUUGAGAUGCUUGGUAAGCUUCCUGAUCGGUGGUGGAGCAAGUGGGAGAAAAGAAGUAAUUGGUUUGAUGAAGAUGGACACAAAAAUGUGAAAGAAACCCUUCGUCAGUGGUACAGCAACAGCACCAGGAACUGGACCCAGCGAUACACAGAAUAUAUACAGAACCCAAGAGAGAGGAUGAGGUUUGAUACCUUUUCAGCAGAGGAGAAAGAUGCGUUCUGUGACAUGAUGAAGUCGAUGUUGGUCUUGGAGCCAAGCAAAAGAGCCACAAUUGAGAAUGUAGUAGGAUGUGAGUGGAUGCAAAGAUGGGGUCUGUUAGAGGUGCAGAGAAUGUGGGAGACAACACUAAAGAGCUCUUAAAUUGCUGCUUGGUCCUCAAGAUACCCCUUUUGUUGAUUUAAAAGGAGUUGUGGUUAAAACAUUCAUCAGAGUUGUAACAUUUAAUAUUUAAAAUAUACAUCCUCACUUGACCUGAAUGAAGAAUCCCGCUCUGUCCACGGAUGGAGGUACAUGUAGAGAUCACCAGUUAUCUUCCAUAUUCUUCUCAAAGAUAGUGUGUUCUCAUUCUCCUGGAGUUCCUUCACCACCAAGAUAAUCAGACUUUUCCUCUUCUGUGUACUUCCUAACGAGGUAUCGCUAGCGUCCGUCUGUUCAAUAUUAACCUAUUGGCAGCCAUUCUCAAUGCCACUCGGGGUACGUACUGUUUUCAACCUAGUGAGAAUCUAUCUUCUCGACGAUGGCACAUACUAGAAUUGUAUUGAGCGUAGAGAUAUGCCUCACCAAUGUACUGUUCUGUCUUACUGAGAGGUUACAAUUCAAG